UGAGUAUUGAUUGAUGUAGCUCGUAGCAACAUAAACCUAUGUAUAUAAAAGGAGCACGAUUGGAAAAUGAUGUUAGAAGUAAACAGUUUAGAUAGAGCCUCAGUAUCCAACAGCGAAGAUGAAGCUUAUCAUUGUUACUGUUCUUGCACUCCUGGUAAUGCAUUCGGAAUCGUUGGUACUCCCAAUUGUACCGUCACUUUCUUAUACUGCAGUGAGUGGUCCCACGGUUGUUGCUGCUCCUCCCAUAACCAUUGUUGCUGCCCAAGGAACGUAUGUAGCUCAAACACGUGGAGCUGUACAUGUCGCCCCGUUAGAAGGUCAUGUUAAUUCGGCAGCCUCAGUAAAUUUGGAGCCAGCUCCAGGAACCAAGUAAGAUAUGGGGAUUUUCGUGUUAAUUACAUCGAGAAUGUUCUUAUUUGAAAUAAAAUGAAUAUUGCAAU